UCGCUUUGCGCCGCUCUUUCCUUCCCGCGGGAAGCAGAAGCCAAGCCGGGAAAGGCUCGCGCCUCCUCCUUAGACUGGCCACAGUCAGAGAGGCCUGGAAGGAGGGGUCGUCCAAAAAGUGGCCCCAAGAAGCUGAGGCGGGAGGAGGACUCCCUCGCCCGCCGGCCCGCCCUCGCGGUGUCUCCGCCUAGGUUCCUUUCUGCGCUGAGGAUUUACCAGCCGGGGGCCAAAUCUGCAAAGGAAGCCGCGGGGAAGCCGCACCUUUGGACGGUAUGUGAUGUCAAACCGGUAGGCAGUCCUCUGUAGCCUCCCACAUACAACUGAAACAUCAUGUGCCAGUAUGAAUAUUAACACAGACACACAUCCUCCAGUUCUCUGCAGCCCAAGAAGAGAAAAAGAGGAAUUAGAUAUCUGGAAUCAAUGACUGGAUUGCUGGCAAAACAAUUUUUUGUGUUGGAGAAGAUCUGAGCCAGAAACAAGAUAUUUCUCCCACCCUUGACUUUUUCUUUCCUUCAAAAUUUAUACGUAUCUGUUUUUACAGUUCCUGUUUGCCUUGGAUUUCAUACUCUUAGUUGCAGUGGCCUCAAGCACUGGACAGCAAUAUGUGUCAUGUCAUUGUCACUUGCCGCUCAAUGUUGUGGACACUCCUGAGUAUUGUUGUGGCAUUUGCCGAGCUCAUAGCCUUCAUGAGCGCCGAUUGGUUGGUUGGCAAGGCAAAACCUGGACGUUUCGAGGAUAUAGACAACAGGACAGGAGGAUCAGUGGAACCGUAUCGUCCCACCUUAGGGAUCUAUGGACGUUGCACCAGGAUCCCACAUAUGCAGUCCUCCAUGCCUGAUACACUUUGUGGCCCCUACGCAGAGAACUUCAGUGAAAUCGCCAGUGGUUUCUGGCAAGCUACUGCUAUUUUCCUUGCUGUGGGGAUCGUGAUACUCUGUGCUGUCGCAUUUGUAUCUGUCUUCACCAUGUGUGUACAGAGUAUUAUGAAGAAAAGUAUUUUUAAUGUCUGUGGGCUGCUACAAGGAAUUGCAGGUCUCUUCCUUAUCCUAGGCUUGAUCUUAUACCCUGCCGGCUGGGGUUGUCAGAAGGCAAUAAGCUAUUGUGGACCCUAUGCUUCAGCUUAUAAACUUGGUAACUGUUCUCUGGGAUGGGCUUUCUAUACUGCCAUUGGUGGCACCGUCCUGACAUUCAUCUGUGCAGUCUUCUCCGCCCAAGCUGAAAUUGCUACAUCCAGUGACAAAGUACAGGAGGAAAUUGAAGAGGGGAAAAGCCUUAUCUGCCUCCUUUAAUUGUCCAAGAAAACCAGGUUUCAUAAGAACUGAUUCCAAAGUGGAGUGGCUUACAAAGUGAACUUCUAUAAGAGACAGUGGGAGUUCAAGUCUUCUGGAGGUAGAACAUGAUAAGAGUCACUUUAUGGGCAGCAAAAGAAGAAAAUGUCAACUAGCUGACUGCUAUAAAGCAAACCUGAUGGCUUCAGGUUUCGAAGAAUGGCACCUAGCAGAUAAAGAAAUCAUCAAAUUUCUGCUCAUCGCCAGGAAGGACUGUGAAGGAAUCUUUUGAAGUCUAAGAUUCUAAAAAAAAUAUCAGUGUCUCUUUAAUGUGUAUGGAACAAAAUCCAGUCAGACUUCAAGUUCAAGGGUUUUAAGCACCAAAAGUGGCAACAUCCUCCAUCUCAGUUUUGCAGAAUUAAUUUUAAUGAGAAGAAAGCACAAUGGCUUCUUUUGUAUGUAGCAGCACAUGGAAAGAAUGAAUCUAGCAAACAAUCAGGAAUUCCAGUUGUACUUAGUGGGGAAGAGAUUUUUGUUCAAAUAAUAUGUUGCCCAGGAAUUAUGUCCAAGCCUUAAAAAGCAAUGUACGAAAAUAGCCAGAAUUUAAGCUAAAUUACUUUAGCUCUCAUAGCCCGAGCACUUGAAUCCAUUGUGUGAUUGAUUUCUCUGUAUAAAUGUAUAUAGAUGAAGGAAUGUCUUAGGGUUAUGCCAUAUUCUAAAAUAUUCAGCCCCCAAAGAUGGGCCUUCAUGAGGAAGGUAGGCCCUUCCCAUUUAGGGACAGUAACAAAUCCAGUACUGGUAUUGACAGGGUACUGUCUCUUUUGUAAUUUCAGAUACAGAAUGCCAUUAUGCUAAUCUUGCCAGAGGUAUAAUGUGCAUAAAGAAGUCACAGUAUUGCCUAAUAAUAAUGUUAAAACUCCAGAGCUGGGAACCUGAAGAUCAUCAAAACCAUCCGCGGUCAAGGAGGCACCGUGGGGAAUUGAACUCCCAACCUCUGGCUUCAAAGACGGAUACCUAAACCAUUGAGCUAUCCAGCAGUAAUAGACAACAUUACAUUCUAAUAGUUUGGAAAAUUCUUUUUACAGUUGCAAUUACAUCUAAAGGAGAUGGAGACGAGAGUAUUGUUUAGUGAUCCUUCCCCAUUAGGUAGUAAGUAAAUAUGUGUGAUUUUGAAAAACAAAAACAACACUUGAAAAACACAUACAUUAAAAUAAAACAGCAUGCUGAAGUGAUGGAUAUAUAAGAAAAAUGAAGGGAUAACUAAUGGCUAAUAUCCAGAUUUUCAAGUAUUAGACAAGCCUUAUUAACAUUGAUAUUUUAUAUUAUACCAUUUGGUUGUCAAGGCAGCAGUUGGGAGGCUAGUAAAAUGCUAUAGCAAACCACUAAUGAUAACCACUUAUUUUUUGUAUAUUUUCUAAAAAAAUAAAAGUGUUUGGAGUGAAAAGGAAUGUAAUUCAGUGUCUACCUUCUAACUCAGGUUUAUUGUGCAUGGCUGCUUCUUUAAGCAUUGCUAUAAGUACUUCACUUGUUGAUUAACAAGUCAGAAUGAUGUACAUUCAGUUUUUGUAGGGCGUUACUGCCUAUGUUGAUACAUUGCAUAACAGCAAUGCUGGUGAAGGGUCUGUCUUGGCUAGCAGAAGUUAAAUCAGUUCUGCAAAACUGUUGUUACUGCUAACACUAUUACUGUUGCUCAGACUGUGUGGAUAUUCCCACAAUAAGAGGAUGAAAAAACAAGCUGUAUUACAUGCCUGCAACUUGAUAAAUACCAAGAUGUAUUAAGACACAGUGAAGACCAUGGAGCAUGGUAUUAAAUGGAGCAAUAAGUAAGUCUUUCCACAUUGUUGAUAAAGUUUAACAAACAAGACAGUCAACCUCACUGAAGCCAGGAGAUCCCAAAAAACAACUCAUCUGCUUUUCGCAAAGCCUGCAGAAUAAUUUGUGUUCCAAGCCAAAAUGAAACCUACUACUCUGUUCUACCAGGUGCUUAACAAUCUCACACCAAGGUCUAUAGGAAAGGGCUAACAACCAAUAUUGAUGCUUAUUUUUGGCCUGAUGGUCAGACAAUUAAUUGUUCUUGCUUGUACUAAAAUAUGAAAGUUAGAAUAACAAAACAUUCAGAUGUUUACCAUUAGAUGUAUGCCUAUAUCAUCAUAGGAUAUGAUUCUGUCAGAUUUCACAGAGAAAACGUUUGCAUGAAACUGUUCCAUAUGAGUGUUGCUGUAAAUAGAGCUGAGAUCCAGGAGUGCUUUUAUUUCAGCUGAAAUGUGUACAUUUUCUGAACAAAAUCUCCCCGUUUUCUUUGCCCCAUCCCAGGAAUAUAGGAGAUUAUUCAUAACAACAGUUUAGAAAGGGAAGCAGAACUGGAACCAAGAAAAGAUUCUGUGUUCCUUCCUCUUCCAGAAACAACCCUUCCAUUUAAGAUGCCCUUCCAACUUAACCUCCACACUGCCUUUUCAGGCACAUUCAUUUAAGGAGUUUUAAUUGUUUGGGAUCAUUUUUGGAAAUAAGGAAAUUUGUAUUUUUCACUUUUCUCAUUUCCAGUUUACAUUAGAGAGAAUGUCAUGUUUUCCAACUUUCCCCAGCAGAAUUACUAGAGCAUUUCAGUUAAACAUCUUCUGAUUACAAUCUCAGCACCCCAAGACUUUUUCCUAGAUCAGAAAUGAAUGUAUGAAGCAGCUCAGAGAGACAGAACAUUUGAGACAAUAGCUUUUAUGGACCAGGUACAGGGUGCUCUGAAAACCACUUUUAAAAAGUAACUUGUUGACUCAGUAAAAUAUUGUUUUACAUACUUAUUUUCUCUCCUUUCCAACUUCCUUUUCUUUCUUGCUUUCUUUUUCUUCUUCUUUUGGAUCAGCAUUCCAAAAUGGAUGGUGUUUCACUGUUUGAGUAAUCAGUUAGAGCAAUUAAAAAAAGAAAGAAACUGAGUUGUCUCAAGUAGUUUACCAGCAAAUUUACAUUUAUUACAUAUAUGCAAUCAAUAUAAACCAGUACAAACAAGCACCACUAUAAAAGCCUUCCUCAGUGAAAAUUACCACAGACGUGACUGCUGUGAUGCAUGCAAAUCUAAAAAGAGUAUUGUUUCUUUUCUCUUAAAACGUACGUUCAUACACAAAUUUCAUUGUUCAAUCAUACUAGUCAAUUCUGCAGACUUAAAUUUAUUAAGAUAUCUUUAAACUGUAUGACAGCAUACUAAUACAAAGGAAUGACAUGUAUGCUGAGGAACAAAAACUUGGGCCACUAUUACAGUAAUACUUGGUUUCAUUAUUAACAGUAUUUUAAUUCACAGUAUACCUGAAUAAAAUGAGUCAGGUGAUGGGCAGAAGCCUCCUUGGAUCUUGAGUUAGGUACAGGGGAGGGAAUAGAACAGGGAAGGCAGCAUUUACCAGUCUUCUGCACAUUAUUCUGGAUCUAAUCUACUACAGUGGAACCUCGACUUAAGAACUUAAUCUGUAUUGGAACUGUGUUCUUAAGUCGAAGCACCAUUUCC